CAAACUUCUAUCCAAAUACCAAACACCUAAUUAACAACCAAACAAAACAAACAAACAAACAUGGAAUUCAUUACCAUCUGUUUUUCCUUUUUUGUUAUCAUCUCCUUCUCCUUCUUUUUCUCCUCGUCUUUCCGCGGUGCCCGGAGACACCUGCCCCUGCCUCCGGGCACCCUCGGUUGGCCGUAUAUCGGCGAAACCUUUCAACUUUACUCUCAAAAUCCUAAUGUAUUUUUUGCUUCCAAAGUGAAAAAGUAUGGUUCAAUCUUUAAAACACAUGUGUUGGGGUGUAAGUGUGUGAUGAUUUCAAGCCCUGCUGCUGCUAAACUUGUGCUUGUGACAAAAUCUGAGCUUUUUAAGCCCACAUUUCCUGCUAGUAAAGAAAGAAUGUUGGGGAAACAAGCCAUUUUCUUUCACCAGGGUGAUUAUCAUUCCAAAUUACGCCGCCUUGUUCUUCGCGCUUUUACGCCUGAAUCGAUCAAGAAUAUCAUUCCGGAUAUCGAAUCCAUCGCUGUCGAUUCGCUUCGGUCGUUGGAAAACAGACUUGUCAACACUUUUCAAGAAAUGAAAACAUUCACAUUCAAUGUUGCAUUGCUUUCCAUAUUUGGAAAAGAUGAGGUGCUCUACAGAGAGGAUCUAAAGAGGUGUUAUUACAUUCUUGAAAAAGGGUACAAUUCGAUGCCGAUUAACCUUCCCGGAACGCUCUUUAACAAGUCGAUGAAGGCGAGAAAAGAGCUAGCUCAGAUCUUGGCCAAAAUCCUAUCUUUAAGAAGAGAAUCCAACAGAGAAGACCACAAAGAUUUAUUGGGUUCAUUCAUGGAACAAAAAGAAGGACUUUCCGACGAACAAAUCGCCGAUAACAUAAUCGGAGUCAUAUUCGCUGCUAGAGACACCACAGCAAGUGUCAUCACAUGGAUCAUCAAAUACCUUGCGGAAAAUCCAACAGUUUUACAAGCUGUCACUGAAGAGCAAGAAGGGAUAAUGAAGGGGAAAGAUGACAAAGGUUUGACUUGGGCAGAUACCAAGAAGAUGCCAAUAACUUCAAGAGUUAUUCAAGAGACUCUAAGAGUUGCUUCUAUCUUAUCUUUUACCUUUAGAGAAGCUGUUGAAGAUGUUGAAUUUGAAGGGUACUUAAUUCCAAAAGGAUGGAAGGUUUUACCACUCUUUAGAAACAUUCACCAUAGUCCAGAAAAUUUUACUGACCCGGAGAAGUUUGACCCGUCGAGAUUUGAGGUGGCGCCGAAGCCGAAUACAUUUAUGCCAUUUGGCAAUGGGGUCCACUCAUGUCCAGGGAAUGAGCUAGCAAAGCUGGAGAUAUUAGUGCUCAUACAUCAUUUGACUACAAAGUACAGGUGGUCAAUGGUAGGACCUCAAAAUGAAAUUCAUUAUGCCCCAUUUGCCCUUCCUCAAAAUGGCUUGCCAAUAAGACUUUUUUCAAGAUAAACAAAAUAGUACAUUGAUUUCUUUAAAAGUUUAAAUAUUUGAUCAUAAUUGGCUAAAAUAGUCAAGGGAGUGAGUAAAAGAAUGAUCAUGAAGAGAAGGAAGUUAAGGACAAGUAAGACUCGAAAGUCGAAAGGAAACCAAAUUGUACAUAAAGAGAUUCUUUAACCGGUCGAAGAAGAAUAUAGAGAUAAAGAUUUGUGAUCGAUUGUAGCAUAUUCAUGUCGUAACUUGUUAGCGUGUUUAGGAACAAAAACUAGUAAGUUAGCGAGAGUUAUUGACUUUUCUUUUGCAUUUGUAUGAAGUCCGCAAGGCAUUAAUAAUGAUAUAAUUUUGUUGUUUGGUUUA